CAACCUUGGACUUGUUGCUAUUUCCCUUUUAUUUAAUAUAGACUGUAUAGAACGAAAAUAAAAAAAUAUGGGAGAUUAUCAAAAAGUCGUUGUAAAGAAGUACCCAAAAGUACUAUCAAAAAAGUCCUCAGAGGCUAAAUACUGGAGACGCUUCAAGUCACCGAUCCUCAUCAAAGAGUAUGCAAGCGUCUCAUCCAUAUACUUCUCACCAGUUGCACCCUUUGAUUUCGCUGUCACUGCAUCAGCACGUGUCCAGAUCUACUCGUCAAAGACACAUCAGCCUAAAAAGACGAUUUCACGAUUCAAAGAUAUUGCCUAUUCAGCAUGUUUCCGCCCAGACGGAAAGCUAAUUGUAGCCGGUGAUGGCACUGGUCUUGUACAAUUGUUUGACGUCAACUCCCGCGCUAUUCUUCGUACAUUCCGUGAACACACCAUGCCUGUGCAUGUUGCCCAAUUCUCAUCAAACAAGACAAAUAUUCUCUCCGCAUCAGACGAUCGUACUGUUCGCCUGUGGGAUAUUCCAAGUGAAAAGAGCAUCAAUGUAUUCGAAGAGCACGAGGAUUAUGUUCGGACAGGUCAAGUUAGUCAAGACAACCCCAACCUUAUUUUGACAGGCUCAUACGAUCAGACGGUCAAAUUGUGGGAUACUCGACAAAAUGGAUGUGCGAUGACUAUGCGCCAUGGUGCACCCGUAGAGAGUGUGCUGAUGUACCCCGGAGGAGGUGCUGUUGUAUCCGCUGGAGGACCUACCCUCAAGGUUUGGGAUCUGUUGUCUGGUGGAAGAUGCAUGCACGAAGUGUCAAACCAUCAAAAGACCAUUACCAGCAUGUGCUUUGAUGGAUCUGCUUCACGUCUUAUUACUGGUUCACUUGAUCAGCAUGUCAAGGUUUACAAUGUUCAGGAUUACAAGGUUGUUCACAGCGUAAAGUAUCCAGCACCUGUCCUUAGUGUUGCUCUUUCGCCCAACGACACACAUCUUGUUGCUGGUAUGGCCAAUGGUUUACUGUCAAUUCGCCAGCGCCAGGUUAAGUCUUCGGAAUCAGUGACCAAGAAGAAACAACAAGAAUAUAUUCGGGAUGGUACCUACAAGUACUUUAUGCGUGGGCAGACAGGGGCAGAACAGGAUGAUUUUGCGGUAGAAUACAAGAGACAGAACAGAUUAAGCAAAUACGACCAAUUAUUGAAAAAAUUCCAAUAUGGUAAUGCACUUGACGAAGUGUUGCGAACAAGUACAAAAUCAACUGUGGUGGUUGUGGCUCUUUUGCAAGAGCUUAUCCAUCGUGAUGGACUUAAGAGAGCAAUCACAGGUCGAGAUGAUGUUUCGCUCGAACCCUUGGUGCGCUUUUUGGUUAAAAACGUUCACAAUCCCAGAUACACAAAACUAAUUGUAGAUGUUGCUGAUGUUGUGAUUGACGUCUACACACUUGUUUUUGGACAGUCUCCUUUGAUCGACGAUCUUAUGAAGCAAUUGUCAACCAAGGUCAAACAAGAAAUCAGUUUCCAAAAAGAUCUCACCCAAACUAUUGCUGCUCUCGAUAUGCUUUUCACUCGCUCGGGCGUCAGCAGCAAUGCCGCUGCAUUAGCCCCAGCCCCAGCCCCAACCACCACUCCCACCCGUGUCUCUUCAUAAAAAACGUAAAUUUUAAUAAAAAUACAAAAAUCUC